UCGGGCGGCGGCGGCGCGGUCGCCGCGCGGAGCCGUUCGGCCGGACACGUCGGGGCGGGCGCGCGGGGAGCUCGCGCGGCAUCCGCAGCCCGGAGCUGGGCCGGCGAGGGACGUUCAGCGGGGCCGGGGUCGGGGCCGCGCCGCGGCAGCGAGGACAGAGAAAAAAAGCACUGGAUCAGCUUUCAAAAGAUUUCCAGCUCAUACUCUUGUGCCUCCACGGCGCUGGCUGGGUAAUCCCAGAGCCCACUCCCUGCUGGUGGGACCUGCAGGUGCACACGGCUGUCCAGGAAGAUGAGUGCGUGUGGGCGGAAGGCCCUCACCCUGCUGAGCAGUGUCUUUGCCGUCUGUGGCCUGGGUCUCCUGGGCAUCGCCGUCAGCACCGACUACUGGCUCUACCUGGAGGAGGGCGUGGUCCUGCCCCAGAACCAGAGCACCGAGAUCAAGCUGUCCCUGCACUCGGGCCUGUGGCGUGUGUGCUUCCUGGCAGGUGAGGAGCAGGGCCGCUGCUUCACCAUAGAGUACGUGAUGCCCGUGAACGCCCAGCUGACGUCAGAGUCCACUGUCAACGUUCUAAAAAUGAUCCGGUCGGCCACACCGUUCCCGCUGGUCAGCCUCUUCUUCAUGUUCAUUGGGUUCAUCCUGAGCAACAUCGGCCACAUCCGUCCCCACAGAACGAUCCUGGCCUUUGUCUCCGGCAUCUUCUUCAUCCUCUCGGGCCUCUCUCUGGUGGUGGGCCUGGUGCUCUACAUCUCCAGCAUCAAUGAUGAGAUGCUCAACAGGACCAAGGAUGCAGAGACCUACUUCAGCUACAAGUACGGGUGGUCGUUUGCCUUUGCUGCCAUCUCCUUCCUCUUAACAGAGAGUGCCGGGGUGAUGUCCGUGUACCUGUUCAUGAAGAGGUACACUGCCGAGGACGCGUACAGGCCUCACCCCAGCUUCUACCGCCCACGCCUCAGCAACUGCUCUGAUUACUCGGGUCAGUUCCUGCACCCGGACGCCUGGGUCCGAGGCCGCAGCCCCUCCGACAUAUCCAGCGAUGCCUCCCUGCAGAUGAGCAGCAACUAUCCAGCCCUGCUCAAGUGCCCUGACUAUGACCAGAUGUCAUCUUCCCCCUGCUGAGCCCAGCGGCCUUCCUCCCUGGACUGUGGGCCCCAGACGGCCCCUCCCAUGCUCCCCUGCUGGCCUGCGAACCCCAGGCCCUCAGUUGACAGGCCCGGGCUACCUCCUUGCUUAACUGCUACCCCUUGACCUGUGUCUUCCCCUUGCUUCCCCCAGAAUAGCUCUAACUGCCCCAAGGUGGGUGUCAGCCGACCGGCUGAGAGCCUGGGUUUAGACCCCCCUCCUGUGUGCCAGUACUCCUGCAGGCCUCCCCUUUCCUGGGAGAGGUGAGUGCCCCAGCUGUGUGUCGGUCCCUGCGCACCCUAUUUCAUGGCCCCAGACCAAGGCCAGCUCUGAGAUGCCAAGUUCUUUACACAGACCCAGCCGGACUGUGUGUUUCCCAACUGGCCUGGCUCUCGCGCUCAUGUCCGGGCCAUCAGGCCAAAAGGAGACCGAUAAGGAGGUCUGGCUGGUUCAGAAUCGUCAAGCAGUGUUUCCUGUGAAAUCCUGUAUCCUUUUUUGUCACCCACAUCCCCCCAUACACACACCUGUCUGUGCUCUCCACCUGCCCCUCCACCCCGCAGGCUCCCACCAGACCUCAGGGCUGCCCUAGGCUUGGCCCCCAAGGGUGGGUCUGAGGCCACUCUGAUGAAGUCACUAAGAGAUGUUAAUGGCUGAUGAUGUCUUAAUAUGCAGGGCCCCUUCAUAACAUAUAACGGGCCUCUAAUGCCUUAACUCAAAGGAGUGGCUCUGACAGUAAGAGUUUCAGAAUUUGGCUGGCCCGAGGCGGUAUUACCAGGAGCUCCUGCUUCAGGCCCUGGGAUUACAGGCCCCGCUCACACAGGCAGUAUUUCCCAUCCAAGGCCCUGAAAUCUAAUCAUGUAGACAGACAAACGUCCGCACCCCCUAAGUAGAAGGCAGCUUUCUAAGAGGUUGUCUGGCAUUUGGAGCUGGAUUUGCCGACACCUGGUGCAUUUUAAGUCUGAACAAGCCAGACUUGGAACCACCCAGCUGCUCUUCUGAGGGUGCCCGUGAACAUUUGGGGUUUGCCAAUUAAUUCUAAUAGAGGGCAGUGUCUGCUUCCUCAGUCUGGGACAUACAUAGGCAAGUAGAUGCCUCCAGAAGACGAGGCAGGUGGUGCCCAUCUUCCCAGUAGGAAACCCGAACUGGGAAGUGCAGCUCCUUCCACAGAGCCACUGUGGGAGGGAGGAGUGGCAGGAGGACCACUGCAGGACACGGCCCCUCGGUUCCCCGGGGUCUUCUCAGCACAUGCAUUUUGGGUUUUGAGAUUGUGAGUAGCUCUCUGCUGGGUAUUUCUGCCAACCCAGCUUUUCUCUCUUGCUCUUCUUAAGAUAGCAUUUCAGUUCUGGGUACACAGCCACAGUGGGCGACACGGGCUCUGCCGAGCAUCCCAGAACACCGAGCAUCUAGCGUGUGUGGCUUUCAGAAGGGCAGCAUGUUAGUCUGCUAGGGCAGCCAUAACAGAAUGCCAGAGACUGGGCAGCUUAAGCAACAGACAUCUAUUUUAUCAGUUUUGGAGGCUGGAUGCCCAAAAUCAAAGUGUCAGCAGGUUUGGUUUCUUCUGAGGGUUUUCCCUGGUGUGCAGAUGGCCAUCUUCUCGAAGCAUCCUCACCUGUCUUUACUCUGCACGUGUGCACACCCCUGGUGUCCACAUUGUCUCUUACAAAAACACAUUGCAUUGAAUUGGAGCCCAUCCUACUCACUGUUGAGGGGCCACCAUUCCAAACACAAUCCCAUUCUGAGGUACUAGAGAUGAGGGUCCACCAUAUGAAUUUGGGGGACACAAAUCAGCCCACAACAGGCAAGUGACUUCGUAGGUAGGUUUUUCUACUCUUUUCACAGCAUAGUAGAGGGGAAAGAGAAGAGAAGCCCAUUCUGGCCCCAGUCCAGCCACUAUCUCAGUGUGAAUCCUUGAGCAGCCGCUUCCACUGAGAGCGGCUUGGCCUGAAUUAUUUCCAAGCCCCUCUCCCACACAGCCACCCCCACUCUAAUGAUUCGUCCUCACAUAGAAAGUUCCCAAUUGCCCUCAUAUGUGACUACCCCUUGCCUAUAAACUGGUAGCAACUGUAAAGACCCAACGUUCCAGCCCAUUAGGCCCCUACAAUGACUUGUAGUGUCAGGUUACUGUUUAUAGAAUGAUCCGGAAACCACAUUCUCCCCUACAGCAGAGGAAUGGGUUAGUGUACUUGGAGACCAUUAGAUAGCAUUUCCAAACCAGACAGUUGUUGAAAUGUGCUUUAUUCCAGUUUUUGCCAUUGUAAUUAGCUUAAAAUGCCCUUUUUCUCUCUCUAUAGCAUUCCUUCUCUGUCACUGUGCCAGGCUUGUUUUUGUGCACAAGGGAAAAAUGGAAUCCACUCCUAAACACAAGCUGAUUAUUGCCUGUGACAUCACUCAGACGGGCCUUUACUGGCCCGGAUGCUGAGCAGCUGAUGCAAGCAGCCCAUGCCCAGGGGGCAUGCACUCUACGCCUACCUAAGGAACAGGUUCUGGGUUGGUGUCUCCCCUCAUAAGGGAUGGGUGAAUGCGUCAAUAAUUGUGCAACCAUUACAGUGUCUUUUCCAUCUAUAAAUUAGUCUCAGAAGUGGGGCCUCUUUGCAGCCUCUCCAUAAUCGAAAGAUUUUUAUCAGAUGUUAAAGUGUGUAAACUCAACUCAGAAUCACCAUUAGGGUCCCUUCUCCAAUUCACUUUCUGAUCUUUUGUUUUCUC